CGGAAGUGAAGGCGGGGGUCCUGAAACCUUUCGCCGCCAGUGUCUGAAGCAUCUCCAUAUGAUAAUCCCGAGGGAUCUCUGAGGUUUCUUGGUGCCUUUGGCAGCGCCUUAGCCAGAACUUCCUCCAGACUGCAGCCGACCUCUCCCAGCAACUCUGCUUGACGUCCACGCUCUAGGCUCCUGGAACAGUAAAGGCUGAAUACCAGUAGGACUGCACCAGCUAACUGGGCAUCUUCCCAGAAAUCCCAGUCAUGGCUCCAGAGGAAAAUGGUUCAUGUGAGGAAUCCGUGUCCUUCAGGGAUGUGGCCGUAGAUUUCAGCAGAGAGGAGUGGCAGCACCUAGAUCUUGCUCAGAAAAGCUUGUACCGGGAUGUGAUGCUGGAGACAUACAGCCACUUACUCUCAGUAGGUUACCAAGUUCCUGAACCAAAGGUCUUCAUGUUGGAGCAGGGAAAGGAGCCAUGGACAUCACAGGCUAAGAGUCCACGUCAGAACUGUGCAGAAGAGUUGUGGCAGAUUGAUGAACAGAUAGAAAGCAAUCAGCAAAAAGAAAAGAAAUCUUUAAGGAAUGUUGAUUUCAUCAAGAAAAUGUUGCUCACAAAGAGGGAUUAUGAAUAUAAAGACAUUAUAAAAAUAAAUCCUAUGAACCCAAAUAUUCCUUAUCUAAAAAUAACCCAUCAGCAUGACUUACUUGGAAAUACUUUGAAGCAAAAUUUAGAUUUAUACAGUCAUAACAGAAUCCUUGACUCAAGGAACAAUAGUAAGAUCACUGAAUAUGGUAAAAAUCCUUCCUUUACUGACCAUGAGUAUGCUUCAAUAGAAGAGAAAUUAUGGACUCAUAAUCAAUGUGGGAAAAUUCUUAGCUAUAAACAAGUACCUUUUCAACAUUUAAAAAGUCAUACCGGGGAGAAAGCUUAUGAAUGUGCAGAAUUUGGAAAGAUCUUUACCCAGAAGCCACAAAUCAAAGUACAUCUGAAAGUUCAUACAGGAGAAAAACUCUAUGUGUGUAUUGAUUGUGGGAAGGCUUUUGUACAAAAGUCAGAAUUCAGUACACAUCAGAGAACCCAUACUAGGGAGAAACCCUAUAAAUGCAGCGAAUGUGGAAAAGCCUUUUUUCAAGUGUCUUCUCUCUUCAGACAUCAGCGAAUUCAUACUGGAGAAAAACUCUAUGAAUGUAGUGAAUGUGGGAAAGGCUUCUCUUACAACUCAGAUCUCAGUAUUCACCAGAAAAUUCAUACUGGAGAGAGGCACCAUGAAUGCAGUGACUGUGGCAAGGCAUUCACACAGAAGUCCACACUCAAGAUGCAUCAGAAAAUUCAUACCGGUGAGAGAUCCUAUAUAUGUAUUGAAUGCGGACAGGCCUUCAUCCAGAAGACACACUUGAUUGCUCACCGAAGAAUUCAUACUGGAGAAAAACCAUAUGAAUGCAGUAACUGUGGGAAAUCUUUCAUUUCUAAGUCACAACUGCAGGUUCAUCAACGAAUUCACACAAGAAUGAAACCCUUUCUAUGUGCCGAAUAUGGGAAGGUCUUCAAUACUAGUUCCAAUCUCAUCACUCAGAAGAAAGUUCAAAUUAGAGAGAAAUCUUCCAUAUGUACUGAAUGUGGUAAGGCCUUUACCUAUCGGUCAGAGUUGAUUAUACAUCAGAGAAUUCACACUGGAGAAAAACCUUAUGAAUGUAGUGACUGUGGUAAAGCCUUCACUCAGAAGUCAGCACUCACCGUGCAUCAGAGAAUUCACACAGGAGAAAAAUCCUAUGUUUGUAUGAAAUGUGGACUAGCUUUCAUCCAGAAGGCACACUUGAUCGCACAUCAGAUAAUUCAUACAGGGGAGAAGCCUUAUAAAUGUGGUCACUGUGGGAAAUCCUUUACUUCCAAGUCACAGCUCCACGUGCACAAACGAAUUCACACAGGAGAGAAGCCUUACAUGUGUGCUAAGUGUGGGAAAGCCUUCACCAACAGGUCAAAUCUCAUUACACAUCAGAAAACUCACACUGGAGAGAAAUCUUAUCUAUGUCCUAAAUGUGGAAAGGCCUUCACACAAAGGUCAGACUUGAUUACGCAUCAGAGAAUUCACACAGGAGAGAAACCUUAUGAAUGCAACACUUGUGGAAAAGCCUUCACCCAGAAGUCACACUUAAACAUCCACCAAAAAAUUCACACAGGAGAGAGACAGUAUGAAUGUCACGAAUGUGGAAAAGCCUUCAACCAAAAAUCAAUACUUAUUGUGCAUCAGAAAAUUCACACGGGAGAGAAACCCUAUGUGUGUACUGAGUGUGGAAGGGCAUUUAUCCGGAAGUCAAACUUCAUAACUCAUCAGAGAAUUCAUACGGGAGAGAAACCUUAUGAAUGCAGUGAUUGUGGGAAAUCCUUCACCUCCAAAUCUCAGCUCCUGGUGCACCAACCAAUUCACACAGGAGAAAAACCUUAUGUGUGUGCUGUCUGUGGGAAAGCCUUUAGUGGCAGGUCAAAUCUCAGUAAACACCAGAAAACUCAUACUGGAGAAAAGCCCUACAUCUGUUCUGAAUGUGGGAAGACCUUCAGACAAAAGUCAGAGCUGAUUAUACAUCACAGAAUUCACACUGGAGAGAAACCUUAUGAAUGCAGUGACUGUGGCAAAUCUUUCACGAAGAAAUCACAGCUGCAAGUGCACCAGAGAAUUCACACAGGAGAAAAGCCUUAUGUGUGUGCUGAGUGUGGCAAGGCCUUCACGGAUCGAUCAAAUCUGAAUAAACACCAGACAACACACACUGGAGACAAACCCUACAAGUGUGUAGUCUGUGGGAAAGGCUUUGUUCAGAAAUCGGUGCUUAAUGUGCAUCAAAGUAUUCACACUUGAGACACAGCAUGAGAAAACUUUAGUGUGAUCAGUUGUGAUGAUACAUCAUCAAGUUCAUGCAGCAGAAAAGUAUAUUAUUAUAAGGAGAAAUAUACCAAGGAAUGUCAUAUGGUACUGUGUAGAGGAGGGCCUGUGAGGUGCCUGAAUGAGGGGUGCCCUCAUCUGUCUCAUUAAACCUUGAGGCAUUAGUACUGAGUAGGAAUCCUGACCAUUGACACAUUCUAAGCCUGCUAGUGAAAAACAAGAAGAAAUGCUGUUCCCAAAUUCUGCUUAGGAAAGAUAAUAUUGUGUUACGUUAAUAAUUGUGUUUACUGUGGAAAAGGAAAAAUGCCAACAAGGGGAUGGUAGAACACCCUAGUGUAUGAUAGAGCAACAAACCCUAUGUUCUGUGAAAUGUUCAUUGCAGGACACGUUGUCUAAUAUAGUGGGGAUUUUAUUCUUGUAUUGAAGCUAGCACAACUGUGGGAGUCCAGUUUCCGUAUCCAUUAUUUCUAUAAAGAGAUACCACAAUAAAAACUAAUGUACA